GUUGAAUCAUAUCUGUGGGAGCUCUUCUUUACUGGUGGUUUGAUAAGCGCUGUUGAGUGAGAUUCAAAAUAAAAAGGGUUUUGCUGAUUUCAAAAGUCAUAGAAUAAUGAGCAACGCGAUUCACAACACGGCAGUCAAGUCAGAAAACGUCAAGCUGAAACCUUUCUCGGAUUCAGAAGCUGGUGAUAUUCAAUCGAGGCUAGAAAAACAGCUAGGCCCUGAAUACGUGUCAACUAGGCCUGGUGCUGGUGGUUUAUCUGUCUCAUAUAUUGAAGGAUGGAAGGCGAUCAAUCUUGCAAAUGCCAUCUUUGGCUUUAAUGGCUGGUACUCGGAAGUUAAAACAGUUCAGGUUGACUACCUCGAUGAAAGAAGCGGAAGAUUCAGUGUUGGUUUGUCGGUAAUUGUCCGUGUGACAUUAAAAGAUGGUGCAUAUCAUGAGGAUAUUGGAUACGGAAGUCUAGAUAAUGCCCGUACAAAAUCAAUGGCAUUUGAAAAAGCUAAAAAAGAAGCUAUAACAGAUGGCUUGAAGAGGGCAUUGAGAUGUUUUGGAAAUGCUUUAGGUAAUUGUCUUUAUGAUAAGGACUAUCUAAGUAAAAUCUCUAAUGUGAAAUGUGCUCCUCCGGAUUUUGAUGAGUCAAAUUUAAUGAGAUAUACUGAUAAUUUGGCACCACCAAGCAGGGCUGCUACCAUUCCAGCUCAGUUACCUUCGGUGACCACAAAUAAUUCUAAAGACAGGUCCUCAACGGCAACUCUCCCAAUUUCAAGAACUGCACAACAAAAUUCAAUGUCUAGAGUGUCACCAGCGCCUCAACCAGCCAAACCAGUUCAAGCGGUACCUCCUCACCCCAAAAGAGCAGCACCAAGUGCACCUUCGAAUAUUAGAAAACCGAUAGAAAGAGAUGAACAUGAUGAUUUUGAUGAUUCGAUGACUUUUAGUGAUGAUAUUAAUUUGGAAUCAGAAGAUUUUAAUGAUGAAGUUAAUGAACUAUUAAAUACCAAACUUAAAACACCAGCCGGUGGUGAAGAUGGUGAGCAACAUGAACCACAUUCAGAAUCAACCACACAGGAACAACAGACUAAUGAUACUCCGUCUAGACCAGCUCAAUCAGAAGUACGGCCUUCGGAGGUGAGCUUUGUCAAAGCUAGAGUUGCUGAAGACCUCCAAAAAAAUGGGAAUGUUGCCAGCAGUCAUGCUUUCAAUCCAAAUUUUAUCAGUCCGUCAAUAAGGAGAACUGUUGAUCCAACUAAGUCAACCCCAAUCAAAAGAACUGCACCAAGUGAAUUGAAAACUGUUCGUUAUGAUAACCCCAGAUUAAUACCUAAUAGACAAAUUGGUAAGCCUAGAUAUCCACCACCAAAAAGAUCAAGAAUAGACUCAGGAAAAGAAAAUAGUAACAAUUCUGUUGGCUCUGAAAAAACAGGGUCCCAGGAUAAGGCUACGAAUGGAGCUGAAACUAGUGGAAGUUAAUGUACAAUGAUUUAAUUCACAACUUUCUCGUAAUCAAGUGAUGAAUUCUGCCUCCUAAGAUUCGCUCAGUGUGCUUGAAACUUGUACUACUCUUCAAGUCUUGUAAUAUGGAUCCUGAAUCCUGAAUCCUGAUCUAUUUCUUAAAAUGAUCACGUGAUUAUAUCGCUCGUACGCGUAUUUUGAAGCGAGAGAUAAAAUUACGAUUCGAUACAAAGAAACGUCUA